AUGAACCAAUCGGCAAUCAGCGCCGUCCCCCCCCAACGUAGCAUCAUGGCUUUUUUUUUCUCUUCCCCCCCCUCUUCCGAUCAGAACCUGCAUGGCACCUUUAAAGCAACGCCCCUGUCAAACCUGCAACCCAACACCGUGAGCCUCGUCAGUUGCGUAAAAGAAAGGUCUGGCGAUAUCGAACAGGGUGUGGAGUCGAGAAACCUGUCGAUUCGGCUCUGUUCGAGCCUAGUUAUCCUCGGCGGCUGGAAUGCCCAUCUCCAUUUUGCCCGCCCAGAGGCAUUCCUCCCACCAUUGUCUACCAUGGCAAAUACAUUCCGCAUGUCCCAUCACCAAGCCCAAACAGACGGCAACAGCUCUGGUCUGAGCUAUUCCGCAUCUCACGACUUCCAAUGGGGAGACAAAGGGGGGGCCCCGACAGAGCAACUUUGCACCCAACAGUGUCCCCAACCUACACAUACACUGUGUGCUUCGCACCCGUACCAACACAUCCCGGAGGCCAUGGCUCUUUGGACCUCGUCCUACCCGGUCGAUGCCGGCGACCGGGACCCCAGCUUCGCCUGGCCCGACACCGACGUCCCCAGCGCCGGCCUCGAAGACUCCCAGCCCGAUCUCUUUUCCCAGUUCCUCGACUUUGAUGCCGGCCACGGCGGUGCCACCGCCGUCGCCGCCGAGCCCUUUUACCUGGAUCCCUCCCAGCACCAACACCACAUCCCCCACAACCAGCACGAGAGCAGCACAACCUCGUCGGGCGUCUCCAACGCCGACGACUUUGACUUCUUGUCCUCCAACCCUGCCGGCUACGACGUCGACACCAGCGCGCUCGCCAUGUUUGCGCAGGAUCCCGCCGCCAGCGCCAUGUACACGAGCAGCGGCAUGACCGUCUCCGACACGGCGCUCGAGCGGCUGGAGGGUAUUUCCCUGCACUCCCCUAAAAAGGAUGGUGCCGCGACUCUACGCCGUGCCGUCUCGCCAGCGCCAGAGCACAACAUGGCCGCCGUCGCGACAGCCACCACCGGUCGCCGGAGCAAAAAGAUGAUGGAAGCCCUGUCGUCGACGCUCCGCAAGGCUACCAUGCGCAAGACGCGCAAGGUCAGCCAGGCCAUGCAGCGCGCCGUCUCCCCGAGCCUGGAGAACCCGCCCAUGGCUAUCAAGCCCGGCAGCGCUCAGGUGCCGCCGCGCGGUCGCCGCGCCCACCGCGCACACACCCAGCACGCGCUGCACCUGCAACAGCAGCAGCAGCAGCAGCAGCCAUUCCCCGAAUCACCCCCGCCGCUGCAGGUGGACACUGGCCUCGCCAACGGUGCCUUUGUAUCGGGCCAGUUUGACGACCCGUUUGGCGGGGAAAUUUCGCCGAGACACGCGCCGCCGCCGCAGCAGCCGCCGCAGAUGCGGUACUAUAGCCAAGGCGGCCUCGGCACGCCAAUGGACUCGCCCACGCGCAAUGCGGCCAUGCUUCAACAACAGCAGCAGGGUAUUCACCACUGGCAGCAGCAGCAGCAGCACGGGGCGCACUGGUCGGCGGCCAGCAGCCAGCAGGAUCUCUGGUGGGGCGGCGCCGGCGGACCCGGGGGGAUUGACGCCAAGAACAUAGACGCCAACAUGGCCAUGCACUCGCAGCACGGGGAGCUGCCGUACGACGUGCGCGGUGAUGGCGGGCACGCCAUGGCCGCGGCGCACAACAACGGCCUGAUGAUUCACAUGCCGCAGCCGCGCGCCGGCACGGGGGUCAACGAGCUGGUCCUCAACGCGCACACCUAUCUCCCGCCACCACCACCACCCCAAGUCCCUACGGAAGUUAGCCGCUCCGCGCGACCGCCCAAGGCGCCGUCCUCGGGCGCGCGGCACCACCACCAGCGCACCAUGUCGUCGAGCCCGAUGCGCAAGCAGCGCGCGCCAUCGGCCUCGCCAUCGCCCGGCACCACGACGCGUCAAUCGCGGCACAGCUCCGGCGCGUCGGCGGCAUCCUCGGCGCAGCGCAGCGCCUCGGGCCGGGUCAGCGUGCCGGGCACGCCAAGCGGUAUCAAGAAGCGCCGGUCGCGCGAUGCCGGUAGCGGGAGUUUCUCCGCGGAUGACGGCGGCGGUGGUGGGAUUUCGUUGGGCGGCGGCGGCGGCGGCGGAGGCGGGUUUGUUAAUUUCACGCCGAAUGACGGCUCGGUGCUCAUGACGGGCGUCGCGCCGAGCGGCAGCUCCAAGACCAAGGCGAGGCGCGAAAAAGAGGCCAUGGAGCGGCGGAGACGGCUCAGCGAGGCGGCGAUGAAGGCGGUGGCGGCGGCCGGGGGGGAUAUCGAGAAGCUCAAGGAGCAAGGCUUUGAGCUUUGA